CUCCUGAGGCGCCAUGUUGGGCCAAAGUGUCCAGAGGUUCACCACCUCCGUGGUCCGUCGCAGCCACUAUGAGGACGGCCUGGGGAAGAAUUUGCCAUUUUCAGUGGAAAACAAGUGGCAGUUACUGGCUAUGAUGACUGUGUACUUUGGAUCUGGAUUUGCUGCUCCCUUCUUUAUAUUUAGGCACCAACUACUCAAAAAAUGA